GUGGUGUCAAGAAGAAGAAGAGAAGGAGCUACAAUUGAGGCCAGGCAAUUACUCGAUCUUCUGCUCACCUAGGGACACUUUCAGUUGCCAUUUGCCCUCGAAAUGAAGAUUAUGGUGCGAGAUUCGAGCUUGGUCCUUCCUUCUAGUGAGACCCCUCGGCAUGGGCUGUGGCUCUCAAAUUUGGACCGCGCAAUGUUCAUGGUUCACGUCCCCAGUGUCUACUUUUAUAGACCAAACGGCAGCAACAACUUCUUCGACAGUAAAGUGAUGAAAGAGUCUUUGGGUAGAGCUCUCGUUCACUUCUAUCCUCUCGCUGGAAGACUACGCCGCCGCGAGGAUGGCCCAUUGGAGAUCGAGUGCAACGGAGGUGGCGUUCUCUUUGUGGAGGCAGAUGCAGAGGGUGAGAUAGAUGAUUUUGGAGACUUUGCUCCCUCCAUGGAGCUCAGGCAGUUGAUCCCUGAAGUUGACUACCAAAAUCAAGACAUCUCCUCCUACCCUCUCCUCAUGCUUCAGGUCACAUUCUUCAGGUGCGGAGGAGUCUGUCUUGGGGUUGGUAUGCAUCAUUCGGUGGCGGAUGCAUGUGCGUUCCUACAUUUUAUGAACUCUUGGUCUGAUGUGGCUCGUGACAUGGAGGUAAUUUGCCCACCAAUCAUAGAGCGGACCAUCUUAAGGGCAAGGAACCCACCAAGGCCGGCCUUUGAGCACCCCGAGUACAAGGCGCCAGAACUCAGGUUACCUGCAGAGGUUUUGUCAGAACAAAAACCGGAAAAUACUCAACUCUGUGGGGCAAUUUUCAGAUUCAGCAGAGACCAACUAGUCAGGCUCAAGGAAAAGGUCAAGGAAGGUGACAAUAGCACCACCAGGUAUACUACCAUUAACAGCCUGGUUGUGCACAUCUGGAGGUGUGUUAGCCUGGCCAGAGGCCUUGAUGAUCUGCAGCCAACCAAGUUAACGGUUUCCGUGGAUGGCCGGAAAAGACUCCGGCCGGAGAUCCCAAACUAUUACUUGGGGAAUGUGGUCUACACUGUGGUUGUGCCACUGGUCUCCGGCGACCUCAAAUCGCAACCUAUGCAUUAUGCUGCCAGCAAGGUCCACGAUGCAUUGCUGAGGAUGGAUGACGAUUACUUGCGGUCGGCACUCGACUACCUCGAGGAGCAGCCUGACCUGGGUGAGUUGGUUGACAGGGCUGGCUUCCAAAGAAGGUUGGACUUGAACAUUUCUAGUAUGGCCAGGCUGCCGGUCUAUGAUGCUGAUUUUGGGUGGGGAAAGCCGAUCCAUAUGGGGACCGUGGUCGCAACCGUCGAUGGUUUGGUGUACAUUCUGCCUAGCCCUUCCGAUGAUGGUAGCCUUUCGGUAGUCAUCACCUUGCAAACUGAUGCGAUGAGAUCUCUUGAAAAGUUGAUUUACGUUAUAUGAAUCUUCCUCCUUGCUUUCCUGGAUCUUAUGAUCUCGUCUUUGGAUUGGUACUCUUCCUUGUGUGAUCUUUCCUCCACUUGAAAAUGAUGUAUCCCCAGCUACUUUCUUCUUGUUUAUGUCCUAUUUUCUUUGCCUGAACUUGUGUGCUUUUCCUCUUCUUCCUGAUUUGAAGUGGUAGAUGCCACAAACAAAUGAACUGCCUUGAUUUCAUCUUGCCUUUGGAA